UACAUUACAAGGUAUCAUGAAUUAGGUACGCAAUUUUCAGUUUAAAUCUUACAAGUUUGAUUGCAGCAUGGAAAUAGACAAUAUUUGCUAUCCUUGCCAACCAGUGAUUACACCUCGAGGAAACUUUUUCAGUGAUCAAUAUUUUGAUGCUGCCAGAAAAACACUAAACGAUAUGGUGAACCAGAUGCGGAACAGUUGCAAUCGACAGGUGCAAUGGCCUCCGGGAAGAGUGGACUGCCUGUUGGCAGAACUGGGAGCGUGGCAGCAGUCUGGCCAAAGUCUUGGGGCUAUAAUGGGAACGAUAAAACACGAAGAUCUCUUUACCACUGUCUUCAGGUUCGAGCCUGAUAAUCUCAAGAUGCUUGUUGAUGUAAAAGGCUUUCAUCCAUUUAACAUGAAACUGAAUGUAAAUGAAGAAGUGGUCGAAUUGAUCGCCAGCCAAGAAGAGGCAUCGAAUAACCCAGCUACGACUAGAGGCCAGAACUGUGUUGGAUAUAUGGCAAGGAAUAUUUCCAGAAAAUAUAUUCUACCACAGAAACUUGUAAAAGAAUGUGUUCAAUGCAGUUUGUCAGCAGAUGGUAUAUUGUUCAUUAUGGCGCCAUGGCUUAGAUGCUAAAGAACUGCCACUGAUGCAAAAAGAGGUAGUUAUUCGUCUGUGUGGCAAGGAUAGAAUAAAAACUGCAAAAUUCGAGUCAA